UCUCUCUCUCUCCAUAAGAAAAGCUCUUUUUGUGUCAAUGGAGUUCCUAAAGCUAUUGUAAUGUAAUAAUAGUGUUGAAGACACUCAUGGCUUUAUGACGCCAUUGCAGAGUGCUUAGUCAAAUCCCAAAUUUAUUACACUCCCCAUCCCCAAUUAUUAUAAUUUACUAUUAUUACCCAAAUCCGAAUCCCUUUAGUCUUUAGAGAUAAUCUAAUUCAUAAAAUAAUUCCAACCCUCGAAACCUGAAGAAAAUCGAAAGCCAUGAAAUUGGCAUUUCCUAAUCCUACCUGCCCACAACAAACCCUUCCUCUCCAAAUCCUUCCCCAAAACCCCAAUUUCAUCGAUGGGCAUUUCGAUCAGCGCCGGCCCCCGCCGGGCCCCACCGCCGCCGUCGCCGUCGCCGUCGCCGCUCGAUUACUUCCCCAAUUACGUCGCGAACCCUAAUUUUCCAGUCCACUCGCCAUCUGUGUAUUACCCUUAUUACAAUUCGGGUGCCUACGCUGUCUGCAAUCCUGCUGUUGUCGGAGAAUCUUAUCUCGACCGUCCAUUUGAGGCACCGGCGGUUCCGGCGGCGCCGGCGCCGUCGCGGGCUAGGGUUGUGAAUAGUGAGGUGAAUGUGCAUAAGGAUUCGUUGAGGCUUGAGAUUGAUGAGCUGAACCGGGACCGGUUUUUGGUUUCCUUUGUUUUCGAUGCUCUGGUCGAUGGGAGCAUCACAAUCUAUUACUUUGCAAAGGUCGACGACAGGCGGAGUAUCAUCCCUUUGUUUCCAGAAACUUAUGUCCCGAUCAAAGUCCCCUUCCGGAAAGGGCUUCGACAAGAAUUUCUGCAGCCGUCGGGGACUGGCAUCGACUUUCGAUUCUUUGCAUUAGAUGAUCUUUCGAACCCGUCGACUAGGGAUGACAUUUUCCCGAUCGUCAUAUGUGCUGACAUUUGCCCAAAUCCUUACAUGGUCGAUCGACACUAUCUUUUGGCGCAUCAUGCUCCGACCCAAAUGCAAAUCACUCAGGUUGUCGUUCCGAGAAAUCAAGACGGACAAUUUAUUGCUAGAGCAAUCCGGCAAUUACUGUGGAACGACGGUGUCUUCUACGAGCUGCGCGAGAUUUACGGGUUGGCGAAACCCGGCCAAAGUUUAAACGACCGUGAAUCGGGGAAGGAUUGCGUGAUUUGCAUGAUCGAGCCAAAGGACACCGCCGUGCUUCCUUGUCGACAUAUGUGUAUGUGCAGCGACUGCGCGAAGACGCUUAUGCUCCAGUCGAACAGAUGCCCGAUCUGCCGGGAACUCAUCGAGUCGGUCCUGCAAAUCAAAUUGGACGAGCUUACAUGACGAGAUGAUACGAUCAUCCUGUCAGUACAUUUUUCAUACAUUCAUCCAAAAAACCAAAAACUUGUGAUAUAAUUUACUUCGCUGCAGACUAAACUACAGAUACAUUCAUCCCAAAAAAACAAGAACUUGCUGCAAACUACAUGAUAUAUAUAUAUAUAUAUAGAGAGAGAGAGAGAGAGAGAGAAACAAUUUGUUGGCUGGUUUUUAGUUCUUACCAUAAUCAAU